AUGGGCUCUCUUCGCUGGGCUCGGAGCUCUUGGCAGCCCUGGAGCAGUGCUGGGUCUCUGUGGGGCCGGGCACUAUCGAGGCUACACCUAGACUGGACAACAAGGUUGUUUCAGGAGGAUGAAGAGAUGCUGAUUCUGACCCACAGCGAUGAAUUGAACAGGACCUAUGGUGAGAACAACAUUACAAGCAAAAACAACAGAAGCUGUGAUGACACCACAAGAAACAGCACAUUAUUUGGAAGCAAUAGCCUAUCUCCAACUGAACAAUAUAAUCCCAGUAUCCCAGGAUGCACCAGCACAUUGUUGCAGCAGAGUCCAGCUUUUAAAGAAACCAGAGCUACUGUAAUCUCCACUGGACCCAGAACCAUCACCAUAACUUCAGCGGUUUCUGCUGAAGACUCUGUUUGGUUCAAAAACAACAAGAGUUAUGGCAAACAAAGAAGAUCCUCAGAGAUGCGUGCUGACAAAACAGGAAACAAUGUUGAGGAGAACCCGAGUUUCAACCAGAACCAGAGGGACAAGAGAGGCUCCCACAGGCUGUUUAGAGGGAAUAUGCAAAAACAGAGACGUUCUGAGGAUGUAGAGAAAAAAAAGAAAGGAGAGGAAACUGUGGAGGAAACUUCUCCAGUCUGUGCCAGCAGAGAAGAAGAGAGAGGAAGGAUGAGUUUGGCUAAUCCAGUUCAGAGCCCCAGAACUGGUCUUAAACCUACUCUCACCAUCACCGCCUGGGAGGCUGGCUGGAAUGUCACAAAUGCUAUACAGGGUAUCUUUGUGUUGGGUUUACCUUUUGCUCUGGUCCAGUCGGGUUACCUGGGUCUAGUUCUGCUGGUUCUGUCAGCCUGGGUGUGUAACCACACAGGGAGCAUCCUGGUGGACUGUCUAUAUGAAGAGGAACAAAGUGAAGGCUUGGUGUCAAGGGUCCGAGUCCGACACAGCUACCAGGACGUAGUGGAGGCCUGCUGCAAAGGACUGUGGCCCCACUGGCCUGGACUGGGAGGGUGGAUGGUAAAUGUAUCUCAGGUCAUUGAACUGUUAAUGACGUGCACCUUGUAUUUGGUUGUCUCCACCGGUCUGUUGUCUGACAGUCUAUCAGGGAUGGCUGUUCCUCGAUCAGUGUGUUCUCUGGUGUCUCUGAUGUUCCUGCUGCCCUGCCUGCUGCUGACUGAUCUCAGACCAGUCUCCACCCUCAGCCUGCUGUGCUCCCUGGCUCACAUACUGAUCAGUCUGCUGGUCAUGCUGUACUGUCUGAGUCGAGCCAGCAGCUGGUCCUGGUCCACUUUGUCUCUGUCGGUGGACCCGGAGAACUUCCUUGUCUCUGUGGGCGUCAUCAUCUUUUCCUACACCUCUCAGAUCUUCCUCCCUCCUCUAGAGGGCAGUAUGGAGGACAGAGGGCAGUUCAAUGCCAUGCUGGGGUGGACCCAUGGUUCUGCUUGCAUCAUGAAAACUCUGUUUUCUUUACUGGCCGUAUUAACAUGGGGCGCAGAGACCAGUGAGGUCAUCACAGACAACCUACCCUCUGACCUCCGACCUCUCGUCAACCUGUGUCUGCUGGCUAAAGCCCUGCUGUCCUACCCUCUGCCAUUCUACUCUGCUGCUGAAAUACUACAAACCUGUCUGCUUGGAGAUGUCCCUUCAAACUCCAAACAUGUCGGUCGAGGUGUGUCACGUCCGGCCCUGUUGGUCCGCACCGCCUUGCUGAUGACAUCAUACCUACUGGCCCUGCUAGUCCCCAGCUUCUCCUUGUUGAUGGGUUUGACAGGCAGUGUUACCGGGGCAGCCAUGACACUCAUACUGCCGUGCCUGUUUCACCUCAGACUGCAGUGGGGUCGCCUCACUGUGAGGGACCUACUCAUAGAUGUGUGUAUACUGUGUCUUGGGGUCAUCUGUAGUGUGUCUGGUGUGAUUUGUUCAGUGAAAAGACUGGUGAGAGCACUGUAGGGUGGAUGGAUGGA